GAUCGCGUGCGCAACCGCAGGCCGUCUGCAGACUCGAUAACGAUCAUUCGUAUACGCAAUAAUAAUAUUGUUAUCGUUUUAGACAGUUCGUAUUAUAACAAACCAUAUAUGUGGCGCGUGUACGCCAUAAUAUCGUAAUAGUUGGAGUCUUCGUAGUUUCAGGCGCUGUCUCCGCCGAAAACCCGCCGACUGAUGGCGCGGCGUAGGAGAUCGCGUACAGCCGUCAUGGGGCCCACCAAGCUAUUAGUGUAUUUUGCGCUGUGUAUCGCGGUUUUCGCGCGGGCCGGUUAUUCGCGCGAAAUACCCGCCAAAUCGGUGGGCGAAGCCGAGAUGAUCACCCCGUCGAUAUCGGUCACCGCCACCGACGUUGCUGCCACGUCGGCAGCGGCGGGAAGUGACGACCCAAAGGCGGUGGCCGCUUCCCAACAUCGGUCGUCUGCGGUGACACCACCCCCGUUGUUCUCGUCGCCGUCCGCUUUAGCGCCGGUACAAGAUCAGGCAGUAGCCGCGACCCACAAAAAAAAGAAAAAGAAAAAGUCAUCUAAAUCGUCUAAAGGCGGUGGGUCAAAGAAAAAGUCUGAACACCAUUCGAAGAAAGGUCACAAGGGUGACAAAGGCUACAAGACCAAACACCACUUCGACAAAGGUGACAAAGGCAAGCACGGUAAGGAAGAACACGAAGGUCACUAUAAGAAGGAAGGUGGGCACAAAAAAAAGAAACACGAUGAAGCCGAGAAGUACGGUCACCACCACAAGGGUGAGAAGGGUCAUAAGGGUGCAAAGUUUGGUGAAAAGAAAGGUCACAAGAAGGGCCAUAAGACGAAAGGGUACCACAACAAGUUCCACAAGGACGAGUACCACAAGGAGCAUAAGUUCUACGACGACUUCCACAAGGGUGGACAUCACAAAAAACACGGUGCGCACCACAAGAAACACGAGCACAAGGAGGGCAAACAUAAAAAGGGCGCACACCACAAGUCCGGACACCAUGCGGACAAAUAUGGCAAAAAGGGACAUAAAGAGAAGGGCCACUACGACAAAGAGCACAAGGGACACAAAGGUAAGAAGGGCCACGAUGAACAUCAUUCACAUCACGAAGACUACGGCAAGAAAGGAGGACACAAACACUUUAAAAAAUACGGAUACAGCAAAAAGAAGAAGCAAGGAUAAACCAUCGGAAACCAGGCCCAAGUUAUAUUCGAGUACUGAAUCAUUAAUUUGUUUUACCCUUAUUAUUAUUAUUAUUAUUAUUAUUGAUAUUAAAUCAUGU